AUGAGCAACUUAAGUGACAGCGAUUCCGAAGGGUAUUCUAUAAAUUUAGAAUUAAAUCCAAAAAUAUAGUAAUACAGAGGUAUAAUGAUUUGUAACUAACCUUAAAGAUGGCAGUAUUCUAUAGAAUAGGUAGGAAACAAUCCUUUCAUUAGAAAUGAUCUCAAUUAAGAAGAAAAUCCAUUAUUUAUUAAGCAAGAGAAAAACCUUAUAAAAAAAUUCAAAUAAAUAAGAGUAAAUAAUAAAUAUAAAUUAAGAUCUCAUUCAACGACGCUGAGUGAAAGGGACGAUUCAACGCAACCUUCUGGUCCACAUACCAUAUAGAGAAAUGAAUCUUUUGUGCACUAAAGGAAUUAAAAUUAAGAAUUCAAUUCUAUAUAAAACUAAAAAAGUGAAAAAGUUAGCAGUAGAAUUUAUGAGAAUAUAUAAGAAGAUAUAUAGCUAAAACCUAAAAAUUAUAUUUCUGCUAUUAGUUAUAGAUGCAAUAGCGAAAGUAGAGCAGCUAACUUAAAAGAAAAGUUCGAUAAUUAUAAUAGAGCAAUAGCAUAAAGAAAUAAGUCACAAAUUAAAAAAGACCUAGUAUUACCAAAGAUAUUUGACAAUAAAAUCAAAAAUUUCUUAGAGGAGCAUGGACAUCAUGAGUCUAUAAAUAAAAACAACUUCAGUAAUAAAUACUAUCCAGAUAAUAUAUUCAAAAAUAAUUCUAAAAAUAUUUAGAAAAUAAUGAAUUAGUAAUAAGUAAUAAUGAACAAUAUGAUUUUAAAUAAAUUAAAAGAUAAUGACUAAGACUAAUCAUAAUUAGCUAAAGAAAUAGAGAGCUUUGAAAUGCUAAGUUAAUUGAAUUAGACAGAAAUAUGUAAUCUUAAGAGUUAUUCUCCAGCUAAAAAGAAAAAAUAUAGAGUAAAAAAAAUUCCAGAAAAGCUUCAAAGAGAGCUAAGUCCUUAAGAGAGAGCUAAAUAAGACAUUAAAAAGUUACUGAAUAACAAAUCAAAUCUAACCAAUCUUUACUAUGAAUUUAUGAAUUCUCUAAAAUUUGUUAAAUGA